GCCAGGAUCAACUGCUUGGGUGAUGCUUGGAAAGGAUAAUAGGAACUAUGUCAAUUUCACUGUUUGUAAGUCAGUUUCACUGUUUGUGUGAGCUGUGGGCUGCUUUUCUCUCCUCUCUGGAACCAGGAAAGGCUUAAAGCUGGAAAAAACAAAAAUGCAAAUGCAGAAUAAGCAUCCUUUAAAAGGCAUAAUUGAAAUAACCCACCAAGCAAUAAAAGCAAUAAAAAAGCUCAGUGGGAACCAUCUAGAAAUUGAUUCGUUAUUAAGGCAACAGGAAAGGAGAGGAGGAAAGGGAUAGGCCAGGGUGGGGUUGGGUUGGUAUGAUUUGGGUAUUGGGGGUGUGAUUGUCGAGAUUUGGGGUCUUUAGGCAGUUGAGGGUAAUGGUUAGGACAAUGGACAAGCUUGGAUCCAAGAUUUUACGAAGUGUAUUUGGAAGGAUUUCCUUCAGUCAGGAAAAGGUAAUAAUAAAAAGUGAUACUGUUUUAAUCAUGAUGCAUGUUCUCUUUGAUUUGUAUCUGUGUGUACUGCAAAAAUGUUGAGGGCUGGAAUUGUGGCACCAGUUGUGGAAAGGAGAUGUGAGGAGUCAGGAGUUGGAUAAAGGAGGCCCCAAUAUGAGAGGGGGCUAAACCCAUGUGAGUGGAGAUCACAACAAAUAAUGUGUGUUGGGGGGAGGUUGAAAAUGAAAUAGGCAGGUCUAUUGUAAGGUCUCUUAAGGAAAUGGAGCACACACACACACACACCCCCAGUGGAAAAGGGCUGAGAGAGCUGAAAGAAGUGGUCACAAUAAGCAUUAGUGUCCAUAAUUCGGGCGGGGAGGGGAAGCAGGGAGUGAAGACAACAGCCAAAAGAAGCUGCUCUCAAAGGGGGAGGAUAGUGAGAUUGCAAAAAGGAACGGGUGAUGGAUGAGGAGGAAGGUCUUGAGGAGAUCUCCUUUGUUGUCUUUGUUGGAGAGCAAGCCUUCUGGCAGGAAAGGUGAUCUGACACCCCUUUCACUCGACCCCCAAACAUGCCGGCAGAAAAGGUAAGAGGUUUUACCACUUUUGCUUACUAUUAUCUUGCUUAAGGCGCCUGGAGCAUCUGCUCAGUUCAGCCAGCCGCUGAUCCCUCUUAGGGGUAGGAUGAAGGAAAGAGCAGGGUGUUGUGCUAGUGGGAAGGCCUCCUGCCUUCCCUUGCUCUACUGUUUCUACUGCCCUUCUUUUGUUGUUGGGGAAAUCAGUUGAUAGCAGAUGUUCCCCCUCCAGUCAAGAGUUUGGGACCUGUGCGUGUUAUUAGAAAUUACUUAACACAUUAGAGCCAACAUCUGCUGCAGAACCACAGUGACGAGCAAGGAUGGACGUAACUACCCUUACUUAGUUGGCAUGCUGGUUACCUUGUUUCUGUUAAGUUUUGAGUGUAUACAGAAUGUAAAACGUGGAGUAUUUGGGUGGGUGGGUUUCAAACUGAGCUUUGUUUUAACCCAUUCCUGAACCUUGACAAUAAAAAACAAGUCUGCCCCCAGAGCUUCUGGGAUGAUAGAAUCUGUGCUGGAUAAUCAGCUCGUCUUCCGAACUGUCAUUUCAAAAUGUUAGGCUGUGUUUCUUUUUUUCUGUUGUCCUUGCAGAUGGUGGAUGUUGAUAUCGGUGCUGGUGGGGAUAACACCAGAAGAAAAAUGGAUGCUCUAACAGAUAGUGCAGCUGAGAUUGUUCCACUGGAACUCUAUGAUUCAGCUCGAGCCAAAAUAGCUGCUAAUCUGCAGUGGAUCUGUGCUAAAGCUUAUGGAAUAGAUAACAUCCCAGAGGAAUUGAAAGAUCCCUUUUAUAUAGACCAGUACGAGCAGGAGCAUAUUAAACCGCCUGUCAUCAAGCUGUUGUUAUCCAGUGAGCUAUAUUAUCGUGUCUGCAGUCUUAUUCUGAAAGGGGAUCAGGUGGCGGCUCUGCAGGGACACCACUCAGUCAUCCAGGCUCUGUCUCGGAAAGGGAUUUACGUCAUGGAGAGCGAUGACACGCCUGUGUCCGAAUCCGAUCUCAGCUCUGCGCCAAUCAAAAUGAGUCCUCACAUGGCGAUGAUUGAUGCUCUGAUGAUGGCGUACACUGUAGAAAUGAUCAGCAUUGAAAAAGUAGUUGCAAGCGUCAAAUGUUUUUCUACGUUCAGUGCCUCAAAGGAGUUGCCCUAUGAUCUGGAGGAUGCAAUGAUAUUCUGGAUUAAUAAGGUGAACCUAAAAAUGAGAGAGAUCACAGAAAAAGAGAUUAAAUUAAAACAGCAAUUACUGGAAAGCCCAGGUCAUCAAAAGGUACGCUACCGCCGAGAUCACCUUUCAAGUCGGCAGUUGCCCUUCUUUCCGUUGCUUGAAGACCUGAUGAAGGAUUGCAGUGAUGGUGCAGCUUUACUGGCUGUAAUCCAUUAUUAUUGCCCUGAACAAAUGAAGCUUGAUGAAAUCUGCCUGAAAGAGGUAACAUCGAUUGCAGAUAGCAUCUAUAACAUUCAGUUGCUUCGAGAAUUUGCAAAUGAGUAUCUCAACAAAUGCUUUUACCUUACUUUGGAGGACAUGCUGUAUGCCCCUUUAGUUCUAAAGCCCAACGUAAUGGUUUUCAUUGCCGAAUUAUUCUGGUGGUUUGAGAACGUCAAGCCAGAUUUUGUGCGUCCCAGGGACCUUCAAGAAGUGAAAGAUGCUAAAACCAUGCUGCAGCAGAAAAGCAGCCGCCCGCCAGUACCCAUUUCCAAUGCCACAAAGCGGAGUUUCAUGCCAAGUCCAGCUGUUUCCAGUUCCGCUGAUGUACAGCCCCCAACUCAGGUCCCGCUGGAGACUUGCAACAGUGGCAAAGGAAGUCCUGCCUUCAGCCCAUCACAUCCCUUGCUGCCUUUAAGGCAGAAGCAACAGAAGUCGCUGCAGGGGGAAGACAGUUCAGAUCAACGGCAUCGAUCUAAUUCCUUGACUCGGGUAGAUGGGCAGCCUCGGGAUUCAAUUCUUGCAUGGCCAGAGAAGAAGCAAAGGCCUCUUUCACAACCAACGCCCUUUGGUCUUCAUCAUACGGCAAGCAGCGAUGCUGACCCCAGUUCUGGCGAUAGCAUCAGCUUGGCCAGGUCAAUCAGCAAAGAUAGCCUGGCAUCAAACAUUGUCAACAUCACUCCAAAACAGCAACUUCCAUCUGCUCCUGUGAAAAACAACGGGAAAAACUUGCUGAAUAAUGUUGAGAUAGAGGAUGAAGACGAAGAAUUGAUCGCCAUAAUCCGCCCCGAUGCCACCCCAAACCAUGGCAGCCUUGAACUUCAGAGCGUGCCAGCUCGAUCACCUGGCUUGGUUGCCGCUGCCUGGACUCAGAAAUCACAAAGUGAGGUUUCAGGAAACAAGCCAGAGAGCUUUUUCCUGGAACCUUUAAUGCCUGCCGUUUUACGACCAGCAAAGGAAAAACAAAUCAUCAAUAAGGAGGAUGAGUGCGGAGAAGGGAAAGCGAGAGGCUACGUAACCAAGAGACCGAGCGAGGGGCACACGGCUUUAGUCCGCAAGAAAACCAAUAGUAGCCAUGGUGAUCACAGCCUUAAUAGGACUUUUAACCUGGCUUCCAGUUCUGAACUAACCGUGAUUGCGGGCCCCAGUGUGGCAGAUCCGCUUGUACACUCAGAAGUCAGAAUAGAACCCUUUUGCCCCCAAGCAAGCAGCAGUUUGGAGCCUUCAUCUCGAGAGCAGCCUUCAGGAGGUUUCUUCCUUCAUGCUGCCAAAGCAGAGGAGGCCAUGAUGAGCAGCACAAACGUCGGCUACCUGAAAAGCCCCAAUUCCCACAUUGCAGAUACCUCAUGGACAAUAGUCAGGCAAGAUUCUGACUCGUCUAUUCUAGAUAUGGAGGAAGCUGACCAAGACUUAGUGGCAGAUGACCAUCCUCUAAUUGCCAAGUACAUAGGAGAAGAGGAAUCCGCAAAGCUUCAAGAAGACAUGAAGGUCAAGGAACAUGAAGAUAAAGAUGACGCCAGUGGGCGUUCAAGCCCAUGCCUGAGUACAAUUUCCCAGGUUAGUAGUGUGUCCAUGACUAGUGGGAGUGCCAGAAUGACUAACUUUGCUGAGCGGAAGCUUCAAAGACUGAACAGUUACGAGACAAAAUCCAGCACAAGUAGCUCACAGAAAACCACACCAGAUGGAUCAGAGUGUUGUCCAGCUCCACUAACCACCUGGAAACAGAAGAGGGAGCAGAGUCCCAACAGACAGAGCAAAGAUAACGUUAAUCUCCUGGCUUCUGAGCUGGUGCAGCUUCACAUGCAGCUGGAGGAGAAGCGAAGAGCAAUAGAGGCUCAGAAGAAGAAGAUGGAGGCAUUGUCAGCCAGGCAGAGGCUAAAACUGGGUAAGGCGGCAUUCUUGCAUGUGGUGAAGAAAGGGAAAGGUUCUGAUGUUUCUCUGCCACUUAAGCCAGAACCCUUCACGAAAGAGUCCUCUGGGCACAAUGGGGAAGGCAUGGAGGAGGAUGCUUUGAAUUCUAAAACAGAGGCGUUCCUUACGAAAGAGGAAGUGGGUGAGGAUGUUCUUGAUUCUCAUGAAAUGUCCAAAGUGAAGGUUCAGGAAACAGUCGGUUUUGUUGAGCAGAACGUUUCUAGAGAGCCCACCAUCAAUGAAAUUGAGAAAAGUAAGAUGAUUUCUGCUGCUCUUCUAGAAGAGAACAUUGAAUCUGCUGACAUCAACGAAUGUGAUCUUUCUAUCGAAAAGCUUAAUGAAACAAUCAGUACCCUUCAGCAAGCUAUCCUGAAGAUUUCUCAGCAGCAGGAACUUCUCAUGAAAGCCCCAACGAUGUCGACAACAAGGGGGAGCUCUCAGGACCAAAAGACAAAAGCCCCCAUUCACUUUGUGGAGCCCCUCUCUCCUACUGGCACAAAUAGUCUCCGCAAACCACCUCGGCUUGGUCAAGGCCGGAGUCCCCGUUCAGGAAGGCCAUCUGAACUAAAAGUGGCCAAGGACCGCCAGCAUACCAUGCCUCGCAUCAAGACUCCAACUCCUAGCGUUGACACCUUACCACAUUUAAGACAAUUUCCAUUGAACAAUUCAUCCAAGAUGCCAGUUGAAACGGCUCUUGAAAAUAACCUGGAUCCAGGUAGCACUCCGCAGGAGAAACUUUCCUUUGAGAGUUACCGGCUCUGCGAUGAUAAUCAGCGGGGGGGAUUUGUUUUGUCCUCUUCCAGAGACACAAACAUCCUCUCGGAAGCGAUCAAGGAUGUGAACAGUAACGUUGAAGACUUUCACCUUACUUGUUUUGAUGUCUCAGGAAAAGAAAACAUUCCUGUGGAAGAACCGUUGAAGAGCAAAACUAGCCUUAUUGAAGUAGACCUCUCUGAUUUAAAAGCACCUGAUGAAGAAGUAGAAAGCCAGAGCAGCUCUUCUGAUUUGAUCAGUGAAAUGGACCAGAAGUCAGGCGUUGGGUUCUUCUUCAAGGAUGAACAGAAAGCCGAAGACGAGCUGGCGAAGAAACGGGCAGCUUUUCUCUUAAAGCAGCAACGCAAAGCCGAAGAGGCGCGGCUUCGAAAACUGCAGCUCGAGGUGGAAGUUGAACAAAAGAGGGACGAAGCCCGUCGUAAAGCUGAAGAAGACCGUCUGAGGAAGGAGGAAGAAAAGGCCCGCAGGGAGCUCAUCAAACAAGAGUAUUUGCGGCGAAAGCAACAGCAGAUUUUGGAAGAACAGGGCUUGGGGAAGCCCAGAUCCAAAGCGAAGAAGCCACGGCCAAAAUCUGUCCAUCGGGAGGAAUCCUACAGUGACUCGGGAACCAAGUGUUCCUCUACUCCUGAUAAUCUGAGCAGUGCCCAGUCAGGUUCUAGCUUAUCCUUGGCAUCUGCAGCAACAACUGAGCCUGAGAGCAUUCAUUCAGGGGGCACGCCUUCCCAGAGAGUGGAAUCAAUGGAAUCCUUGCCCAUCUUGAGCAGGAACCCAAGUCGAAACAUGGAGCGAGACUGGGAAAACACUUCAACGGCGUCUUCAAUUGCCUCCGUGGCAGAAUAUACAGGGCCAAAGCUAUUUAAGGAGCCCAGCAGCAAGUCGAACAAAUCCAUCAUUCAUAACGCCAUCUCGCACUGCUGCCUGGCGGGAAAAGUGAAUGAGCCUCAUAAGAAUUCCAUCUUGGAGGAACUGGAGAAGAGCGAGGCCAACCACUACAUCAUUUUAUUCCGUGAUGCUGGCUGCCAGUUCAGAGCACUUUAUUGCUACUACCCUGACACAGAAGAAAUCUACAAGCUGAUAGGAACCGGGCCAAAGAGCAUCACCAAGAAAAUGAUAGACAAGCUGUAUAAGUACAGCUCGGACCGAAAGCAGUUUAACCUGAUUCCGGCCAAAACCAUGUCCGUCAGCGUAGACGCUCUGACGAUUCACAAUCACUUGUGGCAACCGAAGCGACCCGCAGUGCCAAAGAAGACCCAGACUCGCAAAUGACUAGGUUUCUGCGGGAGAACUGGGGUAGAUUUCAUCGUUGGGUAUGAAACGAGCAGAACCAUAAACCCUUUUUUUAAAAAAAAAGAGAGAGAGAGAGAGAAAGCGGCUUCUCAAACAUGGAUGCAAGGAAAGAGUGAUGGAACGACUUCAGUGGUUUUUUUGCGGGGCUGAAACUUGUUGGUUGGCUCGAUUUGGUAUGAAUGACAAAAUGGCUGUUACACGCAUUGCUAAUUUCCUGCGGCUUUUCACAAGAGGGAAGUUCCCCGUGGCAAGAUCUGAAGCUGCGGAUUUACUUUUUUUUACUUGAAGCUCUUCAUUGGUACCAGUUGGGAUUCUUCGUUCCUUUCUUUCUCCCGGUUCUACACUCCUGCAAAAAGCAAGCUGUCUCAAAGUGGUGAAGCUGCCUUUAGGAGAAAAAGAAUGGACCAGGCAGUGGGGGCGGGCAGGUUUUCCAGAAGAAAGCUUUAGGAAAAAGUGACUUUUUCCCUUCUCGACUCCUAAGGACUUGAUUAACACACAAACCUAAUGGUACUGCAUACAUACUGCCAAUGUUAAGCCAGGCUCUGAUUUCUUGGGGGGGGGGGGGGAGAGAGGGGCAGCCCAGCCCAGCCCACCACGCCAUCUGCUGCUCAGUUUACCUACAGUAUCAAUUUCUUGAUAUGCACUGAAAGAUGUAAAAUCAGUCUUUUUUUCUUAAUUAAAACAGAGGACAUACGCAAAUUGUGAUGGCUUGCAAACCUUCUGGGAACACACAAUCAUGAUGAAGCCAACAGGUGCUACGGCUGGAUUCGCUAUCCCUCAUUUGAAACUUGAGACAUGCCGAACGGAAUACAGUCAACUUCGGUUUUCUGAUUCCAUUAGUAUCCUAAUCUCCCCCCCCCUUUUUUUUUUGGGUCUUUUAAAGACAGACCCUAGUAAUAGUGGAAUGUUUUUCACUCCAAGCACGUUAACUCCGUUGAGUGGUGCACUUGAUAUCACCGAUUCUGAUGCUUUUUAAAUCAUGUCCUGAACUGUAAUGCUACUUUGUCCUGUCUGUCUGUCUGUCUUUGCUGAAUGAGCAGCGUGCUCUUAAGAUGGAGUGGUUUUUUUUUUUAAGUUUUUCGCGGGAGGUCUUUUUAAUUUGGGAGGGGAACGCAAUAUACAAGUACCUACAAAAGCCAACUGAUUUCCCUAUACUAGCAAUUUUUAAACAAAUCUGUAUUUGUUUUGAAAGCUCAAAGAUGGCUUUGGGUUUCUUCCCCCCCUUUCAUCUUGAAAUAUUAAAUCUUGAGUUAAAACCUUUAAACCUGUGUGUGCUUUCACCUUCCAAAAAUAACCCCUCUUCACAACAUUUGGGAUAAUGCGGGGAGCUUUGAUGAUUAUGUGACUUUUAAAAUGCGUCCAUCCCCCUUUCCCUCCUCAAGGAAGGCACGAUAAUAUCUGUAGCCUUUAGCCUUCAUCGAGUCCCAAACGCAUCUUUUUCAGACUCUACUGCUUGGACAUUUUUUCUGAUACGAUUUUGGUUUGCACGUUUACUCCUACUUGAAAUGUUACUUGAAUACGUUUUGUGUAGUGCAAAGGGCGCUCUUCCAACACUAGAGAAGAACGAAAGAGAUGAAACACACUCUUGUGUAAUUAUUUAUGAACUCAGCAAAAUAAUAAUGGGAUGGAAAAAGAAUUUUGUAUAGAAAGGCGAGGAAUGGCGUAUUUAACACUAAGCUGGGGGAAAAAAUCAGAAUGAAGGUCUUCCAUUGUUGCCGUUUCCUUGGUUCUAUUCCCUCGAGGUUCAUUUUAAAUAGAUUGACUGUAAAUUUUGUUUGAUAGUUGACUACCUUGUAAAUAAGGCUUCAUUUCUAAAAUAUUCAGAGUAUUCAAUGUGGUUGUGAGCAUUUUUUUUUUUUUUGGUUACAUGCUCUUCAUGCUUGAUUUCUCACUGUUUGAUAUACAACAUAUUUAUUUUAUGGAAGCACUGAAAUAAAGGUCAUCAUCUGAUUUUUGUU